AUGGCCAACGUGGACACGUCCCUCCCCCCGGAGCCUUCGGGCGCCGCCGCCGCUUUCGCCGCGCGGCACGCCUCGGAACACGAUCUGAAACUAUACGGCGGAUGGUUCUGUCCGUUUGUCCAGAGAGCCUGGAUCACGCUGCACGAGAAGAAAAUCCCCCACCAGUACGUGGAGAUUAACCCGUACCAGAAAGACGCCGGUUUCCUGGCGUUGAAUCCUCGCGGCCUGGUUCCCACCUUGGCUGUGCCCGUCGACGGAGCCGGCAAGGCCCGGAAACCGCUGUACGAGAGCUCCGUCAUUUGCGAGUACUUGGACGAUGCCUACUCAGACCAAGGCCGUCACGGCCGUCCUCUGCUGCCUUCCGACGCUUACCGGCGCGCACGCGCUCGUCUGUGUAUCGAUCACGUCAACACAAGGAUCGUCCCGGCCUUUUACAAGUUUCUUCAGCACAGGCCGGAGAAGCCCUACAGCAUUGACGAGGCCCGACAGGAGCUUCACCAGCAUAUCAGGACUUUUGCGGACGAGAUGGACCCCGCGGGACCUUGGUUCUUGGGUGACCACCUGAGCUUGGUUGACGUUAGCUUAGCUCCGUGGGCAAAGAGGCUGUGGCUGCUGGAUCACUUCAAGUCUGGUGGUCUGGGAAUCCCGAGUGGAAACGGCGACGGUACCUGGCAGCGAUGGAACAGGUGGUAUGACGCGAUCCUGAACAGGCAGAGCGUCAAGGAGACGUGGAGUGAUGAUGAACGGUAUGUCGUGGCCUACAAGCGAUAUGCCGACGAUACCACCAAUUCCUUGGUUGGACAGGCGACCAGACAAGGACAGAAGCUGCCAUAG